UCAGGGCUGGGCAGUGGAACAGUGCUUACCUGGAGCCACUGGAACCCUGGGCACAAUGCUCUUGCCCUCUAAGAAGGACCUCAAGACUGCUCUGGAGGUGUUUGCUGUUUUCCAGUGGGCCCUCAGUGCCUUACUUAUUGUAAUGACUUCGAUCGUUGUCAACCUCUACCUGGUGGUAUUCACACAAUACUGGCUUGUUACUGUGCUUAUUCUCACCUGGCUGGUUUUUGACUGGAAGACCCCUGAGCGAGGUGGCCGCCGGUAUGCCUGUGUGAGGAACUGGCACCUGUGGAAACACUACUGUGAUUACUUCCCUCUCAAGCUUCUGAAGACUCAUGACAUCUCCCCCAACAGCAACUACAUUCUCGUCUGCCACCCUCAUGGGAUCUUGGCACAUACAUGGUUUGGCCACUUUUCCUCAGAGGGUUCAGGCUUCUCCAGGAUGUUUCCUGGCAUCACCCCUUACACACUCACACUGGGAUCCCUUUUCUGGAUGCCUUUCCUGAGAGACUAUAUAAUGGCUACAGGGGCCUGCUCCGUGAGUGAAUCCUCCAUUGACUUUCUGCUGACUCAUAAAGGCACAGGCAACAUGCUCAUUGUGGUGGUUGGUGGUCUGGCUGAGUGCAGAUACAGCCUGCCAGGCUCUUCCACCCUGGUCUUGAAGAACCGGUCUGGCUUUGUGCGCAUGGCCCUUCGGCAUGGGGUGGCUCUAAUACCUACCUAUGCGUUUGGAGAGACAGACCUCUAUGAUCAGCACAUUUUCACUCCUGGGGGCUUUGUCAACCGCUUCCAGAAGUGGUUCCAGAGUAUGGUACACAUCUACCCUUGUGCUUUCUAUGGACGUGGCUUCACCAAGAACUCCUGGGGCCUUUUGCCCCAUGCACUGCCUGUAACCACCAUCGUCGGGGAGCCUCUACAAAUGCCCAAGAUUGAGAAUCCGAGCCAGGAGAUUGUAUCUAAAUAUCACGCACUCUAUAUUGAAGCCUUACGUAAACUGUUUGACCAGCAUAAGACCAAGUUUGGCAUCUCAGAGACCCAGGAGCUGGAGAUAAUUUGACAGACAUCCCCAGCAGCCUUCAGCCUGGCUGGAAGGUAUGGACCCAGUGAGAACAGGAGAACAAAAGUCACCUGUGGGGCCCCUGCUCCUGAUUUGACCAGUCCUGGUUGUUCAUUUGCUUGUUUCCUGCACUCCUUUUCCCACUUCAUUUCUUUUUCCUUCCAGCUCUUCUCUGCCCUUUUCUUGUAGCUACAGGAGAGAGAGUCCGAAGAAACAGGGAAGAGCCUAGGGCAGAGGUGCCCAGAAGGCGCUUUGGCACCAGCAUUGAGGAAAACAAUGGACAAAAUAAAAAGCCCAUCUUCUGAUAUGCUGUGUGCACCAACUACUCUGUUUUGAGGGCUCUGGGAUUCCUGCGCAUGUCUCUCUUUCUCUAGCUCUCAAACAGCCCCAUCUCCUGGCAUUAAGACUCCUCUAGGACUGGGGCCUUGAGAGCCUGUGGGCUUUGAGUUCAAGCUCCACCAACUUCAAGCCAUGUGACUCUGGGGCAAUCAGUCACCUCUGAGCCUCCUUUCUUCAUCUAUCACAUGAGACUAACAAUCUGUCCACUGCUUACCUCAAAGGCUAUUGGGAAGUUCAAACAAUACUGGAUGUGAUUGAACUUUGUAAUCUGGAGAGCUACACCAACCAUUUUCUUCUCCAAUCAUUUUACCCAUUUCCUGUCCCUGAUCAAACAGUGCCCUAAAUACCCUCUGCUACCUACUAGCCCACACUCAGUUUCCAUCUCAUAAAGCUGUAACAGAAUAGGUUGGGCUCAGGCCUAAUUUUCUCUGAUGUUCCCUCAGCAACUUGCCUAUACUUGCCUGGCCCUAUAAUUCUGCCCUUUAUUUGAGAGUCAGCCAGCCUGCUCAGGAUGGAAAUGAGACGCCUGGCUUUUAGCAGCCAUAAAUAACUCUCCUUCUGAAUGGCAAGUCUCUGACUCUUGGUCCAAUGGCUGUUGCAAUGACAGGCUUCAAAAUUUGGCUCACAGCCCCAUCAUUCCAUCCCUCUCAUGUGGGUGCCAUUUGGUCCAAUGAUUUGCCUGCAUUACAUUCGUCAAUUUGGUCUACAACAUCCUGUGUGUUUAUUGUAGUAUGAGCUGCUGCCUCUGCCUUGGGUGCCUGCCUCAUGUGAUGAUUUGUAUACAGUGGGCAAAGACAUGCUUCCGCUUUUCUGCUGUCUUUGUUACUUGUUGUGCCAGAAAUUACAUUUUCCCUGAGCUUCCAUAAGGUGUUUUUAAAUAGUC